AUGCUGCUGAUCAUUGAAGCUCUUCUUCUCCUCGUUAUAGCUGCUCUAGGACAGGAUCACAGAACUGCUGUUGAAGGACAGAUAUUUCCACUGGAUAUGGCACUGAAUUCAGUUGAUGACCAAUAUAUGGGCUGUAAAGGGAAAAUGGCACAUCUGGUGAAGACAAAAUAUCUGAAGAAGGAAAUGGAAAACUCAGCUAAAUUUAAUCAUUAUUGGCAACACAUGGGUGAAAUGUUUGUCAAGUUCCCAAAUGGUUACUUGAAAAGGAGUCAUUUAAUUGCUAUUUAUGUGUACAGUGAUAAUAAUGUAUAUCAGAAUUUCAAUCCUGACAAUCGUUCCGGUAAAAAACAGUACAAACACAAGACAUACAAAUGGUAUUCACUUUACUUUCUGUUAACAGAAGCGAUACAGAUUCUGAAGAAAACACAGUAUGGAUGCAGGUUAACUUAUCGUGGUACUAGUGUUGAAUUUAAUAAGUAUGUUCCGAACAAAGAGGUUCGCUUUGGCUCAUUUGCUUCAUCCUCUCUUGAUCGUAACAUUGCACAAGGUUUUGGAUCUAAAUCUUGUUUUGAAAUCUACACUUGUGAAGGUGCUGAUGUGUCAGGAUACUCUAAGUAUCCUCAUGAGAAAGAGGUGCUGAUUCCUCCGUAUGAGACGUUUAAAGUCACUGCUGUCAGGACAAGAACAUAUCAGCCUUAUCUCUGGUGUGACACUGUGUUCACUUUGAAAAGCACUGGAACAAGAAGUGACCUCAACUGUGCUCUAUUCAAGAAACCACCUAUGCACAAUGUUAUUCACUGA